AAAAAUAUAUAUAGAAAGAAAAGAAAGAAAGGAAAACUCCCCCAAAAGUAAAACGAGAGACAGAGAGAAACACACACCCCUCUUGCUGAGACGCAAAUCCUCACUAUAAUCUGCUCAGCUGUCAUCUUCUGGCUCCUCCACCACCGCCGCAAGCCACGCCGGCGAUACCUUUUCACUUUCCACCACCUCUACCUUCCUCAUGGACCUCUUCUAAACCCUAGACUCAUUUCUAAACCACCCUAAUUUCGUCUCUUCUUCUUCUCUCGAGUCUCAAGGCUCUCAAUCAAUUUUUCCGAUGGAGAAUCACUCCUAUUCUUCCUACCCGGAUUCCGGCGAUUCCUCUCCCCGAUCGCGCGAGAUCGACCUGGAGAAUCACUCCUGGGAUGAGCCUCCCAAUUACAAGGUGAAAUUUAUGUGCAGCUAUGGCGGUAAGAUCCAGCCUCGCCCUCAUGAUAACCAGCUCGCUUACGUCGGCGGUGAUACCAAGAUCCUUGCUGUUGAUCGCAGCAUCAGAUUCAACGGCAUCAUUUCAAAGCUUUCUAACCUCUGCGACACCGAGGUCUGCUUCAAGUAUCAGCUCCCAGGUGAAGACCUCGACGCCCUCAUCUCCGUCACCAACGAAGAGGAUCUCGAGCAUAUGAUGAUGGAGUACGACCGUCUUAACCGCGCCUCUGUGAAGCCUGCCCGUCUUCGUCUCUUCCUCUUCCCAAUUAACCCUCCCCCUCCCGCUGAGCCCAAAUCCGACUGGUUCGUCGACGCCUUGAAUUCCUUGCCCAUCCAAUCUCUGGAUACCUCUUCCCCCCCUGCGGCUGCCGCUAAACAAACCAACCCCGAUUUUCUCUUCGGAUUGGAUAAAGGAUCAGCGCCUCCAGCUCCGGCUGCUGCUAAUUUGCAAGAAUCAACCCCGGAAACGGCGGUUUCGGGGGUACCUCCUAGCGAUAUUUCCGCUCUAUCAGAUUCGAGCAGAGAAGAUCGGCAUAUGGGAGGAAGGGAACCGAUUAUUUCCCCUACGGAGAUCCAGAGGCAGAUUCAUGAGCUGCAAAGACUACAAUUCGCUAACCAAGAGCAACAACCCGUGUACCAGAGGAAAAGCGAUGAGAACCUCUCUAGGGCCUAUGCCGGUGAAUACUACGUCCAAACAGUUCCUGAGAAGACUGCUCCUGCCCCAGCCGCAAUUCCAGCGACUAUGUCGGUUCCGGCGGCCUACUGGCAAGAGAGGCACAUGACGACUGGAGGAUACGCUCCUCCCCCAGCACCAGUAGCGGCAACCGGAGCUGAACAACCGGUUUAUCUGAUGCAUGCACCGGCGGGGAUGUACCAGGCGCCGCCGACCAUGCGGCCGGUGACGAAUCAAUUGGGUCAGGGGUAUUACGCAAUGCAGAGAAUGGUUCCAGAUGUUUAUCGGGAAUCAGCUAUGUAUGGUAUGGGUCCACCCCCACCUCAACAACCACCAACUCAGCCAGGGAAGGUGGGGAUGGGGGCGUAUACCGAAGGAGGAGGGGUUGGGUUAGUAAGGCAACCACCACAAGCAGCAACGACGGCCGGGGGAGUGCCGGUGGCGAUGACGGCUGAGACUGGGUAUACACAGGUGGGGUAUGAUAGUGCAGGGAGGCAGGUGUACUAUAAUGCGCCGGGAGGGAUGGUGCCUCAGUACCAAACAGUGAGUGCGGCAAGCGUCGAUGUUAGACAAGGUGGAGGAGCAUUGAACCCAGAUGGUAAGUUAGCCAAAGUGUCCCAAGCGUCAGUGUGAUUUUCCCUUCUCUGUUUUUUAUUUUCUUAUAUAAAUCUCUUUUCCUUCUAAAUAAUUAGUGGUUAUAAUUAAGUAAACUCUGUUGGGUUUUGUGUGUAAUGUAUGAAGUGAAAAUCAGGUUAUCCUUUAUAUAUAUAUAUAUAUAUAUACAUAUAUAUAUUUUGAUUAAAUCGAAGAAUAAUAAUCAGCUAUUUUCUUCUGUC